GACGAUACGGAAAUCAAACUCACGUCACGAGUUGAUUCUGUAAACAUGCAGUAACCGGAGUCACGUUCGUGUAUCACAGUAAAACUUCUCCAUCAGUCACUCAGAUAUUUCUUGUGCUGUGAAUGAAUCUAAGUUUUUUAAUGCCGACCGCUUCUUCUAGUGAUUUUGAUACGCUGACAUGGCCGCAGUGGACCAGAAUAAAGUCCCGAACCGCGAUUCCCCCGAAGAGAAUAGACUUCUGUUUCCGGUGAAACACUACGGAUCAAAUGACUGCAGGAGUGAAUAUGGCGACUCCAUAUCGAGUCCGGGCGCAGACGGCUGGAUGGGCACUGACCCGGAAGAGGAUGCGUUACGCAGGAAGUUAAAAUAUUUCUUCAUGAGUCCCUGCCAGAAGUACCAAGCCAAAGGCAGAAAACCUUAUAAAUUAGUCCUUCAGAUACUGAAGAUUAUUAUAGUCACCGCUCAGCUGGUGCUUUUUGGUCUAAGCAAUGAGAUGGUGGUGACGUUUAAGGAGGAAAACACAGCCUCAUUUAAACACCUGUUCCUCAAAGACUAUGAUGACUCAGACAACACGCUCGCGGUUUACAGGCAGAGUGAUGUUUACGACCAUAUAUUCUACACAAUAGAACAGUAUCUGACUUUAACUGACACGACGGUGGGUCGAUAUGCGUAUGUGUAUGAUGUCGGCGUGAAUGGAAGCGCACUGUCUCUCUGUCAGCAGUAUUAUAAGAAGGGCCGGAUCGACCCAGCAAACGACACUUUCAGCAUUGAUCCACAUGUGGUCACAGACUGUAUUGGAGUGAACCCUUUGUCCACCCCCACAGCCCUGGGUCGGGAUUACAGGAAUAUAACACUCAAGUUUCACAAGCUCAUAAAUGUCACGAUAACGUUCCAGCUGAAGGCUAUAAACCUUCAGACAAUCAUACACAACGAAAUUCCAGACUGUUACACUUUCUUCAUCACAAUUCUACUGGAUAACAAAGCCCACAGUGGUAAAGUAAAGAUCAGUCUUGAUAAUAAAGCCUCCAUAAAAGAAUGUAGAGACCCAAGUGUGUCUGGACACGCUGAAAGUUACGCUCGUGUGUGGUUUGACGUGAUCAUCGCUGUGGUGUGCAUUCUCUCCCUCGUCCUCUGCAGUCGCUCCAUCAUCAGAGGGAUCAUUCUUCAAAACGAAUUUGUGAAGUAUUUUAAGAGCUCUCUGAAACGUGACGUCUGUUGGGGCGAUCGGAUGGAGUUUAUUAACGGCUGGUAUAUUCUGCUCAUCAUCAGUGAUGUGCUCACCAUCACAGGCUCAAUGAUCAAGAUCGGGAUCGAACUGAAGAACCUCUCGUCCUACGAUGAGUGCGGGAUCCUCCUGGGAACCUCAACGUUAUUGGUUUGGGUCGGAGUUAUUCGCUACCUCACCUUCUUUCAGAAGUACAAUAUUCUCAUCAUCACUUUACGGGCUGCGUUCCCUAACGUGAUCCGUUUCUGCUGCUGUGUGGCAGUCAUCUACCUCGGAUAUUGCUUCUGCGGAUGGAUCGUUCUUGGACCCUACCAUGUUAAAUUUCGAUCUCUCUCGCUGGUGUCUGAAUGUCUGUUUUCUCUGAUCAAUGGAGAUGACAUGUUUGUGACGUUCAGUGACAUGCAGGAGAGCAGUACUCUAGUGUGGGUCUUCAGUCAGGUUUACCUUUACACGUUCAUCUCACUGUUCAUUUACAUGGUGCUGUCGCUCUUUAUCGCGCUUAUCACUGGAGCGUAUGAGACCAUCAAGCAUCAAACACAGGAGCCCAUCCAUAUCACGGACAUGCACGCGUUCAUCGCUGAAUGCACAGACACGCCCUGUUCUGGAAAGUUCCGCGGCAUUGAGACCUCACCGUGCUCCUUCUUCUGCUGCUGUGACAGAACUACAACAUACGAGGACGGCCUCUUAGUCAACUAGCGGUGUCACCGAAUCUCAACUACACCACCAGCUGCUGGUCAUCACUGCAGUCGGUUGAUCGACAGCGUUGAAAGCACAACGCUCUGGACCAUUAAUGGACGAGCACAUUGAAGAUUUUAGUCAAAUGCCUGAAGUCUGGGACAUUUAUAGUUUUACCUCAACUUUUAAACGUUUUAUUUCUACUUGAUUCCAGAGGUCGCACAUACGAGACGGUAAUUCUGUGUGCAAAUGACGAAUGUCUCACGUGCUGUGUCAGCGGGUUCUUGUUUACGUACUUUGAAACACAGCGCUAUGUGACACUUUCUUUCUCUUGAGUAAUAAGGGUUUGCUGAAUGUCAGGUGACUUAACCUCUGCUUGUGUAACAUAUAAAUCAAAUGUCUGCAAAAGACAUGGAAGUGCUUUCGGCUAGUCAAGGUUUGUGGGUAGUUUGAGUCAGCUGAAACAUCUUGACUUUCAUCUUAUUCUGCACUUAGAGCAAAACAACACUUCUAUGAAUUAAAGGUUUGUUUUGUGGUAUUAAUCUGCCUUUACCCAUAACAAACAAUGCCCUAGCGGUAUGAAUUAGCCUUUACAACACGACAAAAAAAAGGACAUUUUAAAUAUAUGCCUUAAUGACCUGUAGAUGUCUGGUUGUUAUUGGCGUGUGUGUGUGCGUGCGUGUGUUUUAUUUAUACGUAAGUAAACCUUACAUCAUUUUCUGUGAUUGUUAGACACAGUAAUUCUUGACUUUACGUAUAUGUGAAAUGUUUCAUAAAUCAUUAGAGAGUCCUUUGGGGACCUUAUUAUGUAUAAACAACGACAAACAAGCCUAACUUUAUGUUCAACGUUAAACUUUACUAGUACAGAAUGAGUAUUUAUGUAAUUUUGACGCUCUUGUAGGCCAUUUACAGAACCACAGAUCAAACGGGACCGGUCAUUUGAUUUUAACAAAAAACCUGUUAUAUUUACGUUUUCCUCUUCCUGCUGUUUUAUGUAAUUGUAUACUUCUGACAUAAUAUUCUUAUUUAUGUUUUGAUGGUUCUGUACAUCCUGUUUGUAAUGAAUCUAAAGCGCACAAUCGAGAAACAAUGCACAUUUUUAAACAUACUUUAAACAUAUAACUUAAGAGAAGAUGCCACGUUAUCAUCACACUCCAAGAUGAUGAACGAAUAUUUCACACAUUAACAUGUACGUAAAUUGACUGUUUACUCAAUGGGUCUUAAAACUUGAUUUUCUUUUAUUUUAAACGUCAUUGCAUAUUGUUCUUGACAGGAUCAUAUUUGUGGUUUGUUUGUUUAUUUUCAUGUUAGGUUGCAUUAUUGCAGAGUUCGUCUGAAGUCUGUAUUAAUAUAAAGACUAUUUUUUGUAUGUUU